UCUCGUGAACACUGAAACAUUUUACAGUAUGUUAGCUGCAUGCGUGUAAGCAUACGAGGAAAUCGAGAGAUUGAAGAAGAAACACGGGCUAACACAAGGGCUACAUUGUGUGUUGGCCAUCGGUUGGUUGGUCGGCUCUUUUUUCUUUAACCAAGCAGCAGCCUACGUGGCGUGACACGUACGCUCGCUCCAGCGGCGGGGGCGCCUCGGCCCAACACGUGUCGCCGGACGUGUCCGCCCGCACGAAGAAAGCUCCCGGCAAAUCCCAUGGGGGGGCGCCGGACGGACAUCCAGCGUUCUCCCCCCAAUCACCACCAGCUGCGAUCGAGUCCGCAACAAUGCGCGGCGGCAAGAACAGGCGCGCGGCGAGAGACGGCGCCGCCGACGAUGCGGACGACGCCGCGCGGCCCGCGGCGAGCUGCAUGGCCGCCACCAUCGUAGCCGUCGUCGUCCUCCUCGUCGUGGCGUCGGCACUCCUGUUCCUGCUGUCGCCGCCGGGGGCGCCGGGCGGCGGCGGUGGCGGGGAGGGGAAGGGCGCGCCUCGUGAGCCGGUGGAGCUGGCGAUCGGCAUCGCCGGCCACGAGCGCUGGCUCGACGCGCUCCGCGCCUGGGCGAAGCUGGCGUGCUUCAAGCUCCGCCCGGCCGAGCCGCGGUACGACGUGCUGCGGAGCCCGGCGUCGGUGAAGAUGGCGGCCAAGGAAAGCCUGGAGAUGGGCAAGGAGACGGUGAGGCACUCGGCGGAGUCGGCGGCCAGGGCAACCGAGGAGGCCCUGGAGAGGACCACGGAGAAGGUCAAGAGGAAGGUCUCGCUCUCCCCCUCGCCGUCAGCGCGCCGCCGUGAUGGAGACCUCUGAACAAAACUUUUUUGUUUCUUCCUUCAGAAAGCUUUGGGUUCUGUACUGACCAUGUACUCUGUAGCGUGUAAAUGUGUCAAGAACGUACACUGUACGACGUCUUGCAAGCUUUGCGACGUGUAAUCUUUUCCCUGUACCA